AUGUUGAAGUCAUCUCCGUCGAUCAUUAUUGUAUCGCUUAUUGGUGCAUUAUCAGUUAGUUGUGCAUCCCAGUUCACCUCUUACAAAGCCUGUGGUGGCAAGCUGCCGAUUUCAUAUUGCGUACAGGCGGGCUUCCUGAACAGCAAUCCAUCAUUCAUGGGGCCUCAGAAACCUACCAACGGAAAGUUUCGGUGCUUCAACUCCGCGGGGGAAAUUUCUGGACAAUGUUGCCCCAAUUCAGUAACUAGCUACACGCCCAACCCGGACCCCAAAUUUGCCCAAACCGUCCCCAAGAAGAUAGCAGCCGACUGCACUAGGGCUAGCGUAGCCAAAGCCUGA